AUGGCACACAUAUGGCUCGCACUGCUCUCUGUUAUUUGCUUUCCAGGUUCUUUUUCCAUGAGUGAAGAAGAAGAAUUGCUGAAUUAUCUUUUUGUGAAAAAAGGAUACAGGAAAGAUGUACGCCCAGUAGAAAACAUAGAUGAGACUGUGGAUGUAUAUUUGGCGUUGAUGCUUUCCAACCUGAUUUCACUUAAAGAAGCAGAUGAAACGCUUACUACUAAUGUCUGGGUUGAGCAGGGAUGGUACGAUCGCAGACUGUCGUGGAAUCAGUCGGAGUUCUAUGACAUUGAUAUCCUUCGGGUUCCUCCAGACAUGGUGUGGCAUCCACAGCUUGUCCUGGAAAACAAUAACAACGGAGUCUUCGAGGUGGCUUAUUACUGCAACGUUCUGAUAGACAGCAAUGGUUUUGUCUAUUGGCUUCCUCCGGCCAUAUUUCAAAGCACUUGUUCAAUCAAUGUUAAUUACUUUCCAUUUGACUGGCAGAACUGCUCUCUUAAGUUUGUGUCUUUGACGUACAAUGCUAAAGAGAUUAACCUUCAACUGAGAGCAGAUUCUGACGAUGCCACAGGCAAAACCUUUCUUGUGGAAUGGAUCAUCAUCGAUCCUGCUGGGUUUACAGAGAAUGGAGAGUGGGAAAUUGUCCACAUACCAGCCAAGAAAAAUAUCGACAAGACUGUGUCCCCUGACAGCAACAAAUACCAAGAUGUCACCUUUUACCUUAUCAUUGCACGGAAACCACUUUUCUACAUUAUAAACAUACUAGCUCCAUGUGUACUUAUUGCACUUAUGGCAAACCUGGUCUUCUACCUGCCAGCCGACAGUGGGGAGAAGAUGACGUUGUCCAUAUCUGUUCUGCUGGCCCAGUCUGUAUUUCUGUUGCUGAUAUCACAGCGUCUUCCUGAGACGUCUUUGGCCAUUCCACUAAUUAGCAAGUACCUUACGUUUAUCAUGGUGUUGGUGACAAUUGUUCUUGUAAGCUGUGUCAUUGUGUUGAACAUACACUUUAGAACCCCAAGCACACACAUCCUGUCUGAGAAGAUGAAAGAGCUCUUCCUGAACAAACUACCACGGAUCUUGCACAUGUCUAUGCCAGCGGAGCCCGAAUCUGAGCCAUGGAAUGGGGUCCUUCAGCGUCGCAGCAGUUCCGUGGGGUACAUUGUGAAAGCCGAGGAAUACUUCUGUGUUAAAUCAAGAAGUGAACUUAUGUUUGAGAAGCAGUCAGAGAGACAUGGACUGACCAGCCGAACAACUCCUGCACGAAUUAAUCCCACGAGCCCGGAUAAUGCCCAGGACCAACUUUAUGGAGAGAUAAAACCGGCUAUUGAUGGGGCUAACUUUAUUGUCAAGCAUAUGAAAGACAAGAAUGACUACAAUGAGGAGAAGGAUAACUGGUACCGUAUCGCUCGAACAGUUGAUCGUCUGUGCCUCUUCCUUGUGACCCCUGUUAUGAUUAUUGGAACCUUUUGGAUACUUUUGGGAGGCGCUUAUAAUACACCUCCUCAACUUCCAUUUCCUGGAGACCCGUUUGACUACAGAGAAGAGAACAAGAGACUUAUGUAGAGACUUAUCGGCUAGUAGUCAUUUUGAAUACACACUUUGGGGUCUGUUCCGGUUUGGAUGUUGGACAGAGGAAUCUGGGCAGUAUGGAAAGUAACAUACCCUGAAAGUGGGAUUGCCUUGGUGUUAAACCUUUUUCUUGCUACUUUGUUGUCAGAUUUCUUGAAAAAAAACAUGUCAACUUAAUUUAACCAUUAAACACCAUCGUAAUGAUCA